GAAGAGCAGCCGUCGAUGCAUUUUGGUUAUUGAAGACUUAUAUAAACGAUUCAUCGAGAGCCAAAAUUUCAUAUUUCUCUGCUUUUGAAAUUCUCAAUCGAGAUUAUUGAGACGAAGAAGAGGAGGUUUUACGGAGUUUUGGGGAUUUUUUUUUUUUUGGGUAGUGGUGAUUCGAGAGAGGAUAGGAGGAGAAAGGUUUUUGGAUUGAAAGAGCUAGUUUGAUUAGAGCUGAGGGAAUGGGUCGCAGUUCGAAGAAGAAGAAGAAACAACGAGGAGGCAAUAACGGAAGAAGGGGUCAGCUAAAGGACCAUGGAUCUAAUGAUGACGAAGAGAACGAGCUUCUCUCCGAGGAGAUCACUGCUCUCUCUGCGAUAUUCCAAGAGGACUGCAAAAUCGUUUCGGAUUCGCGUUCGCCUCCUCAGAUAGUUAUUAAACUCAGGCCUUACUCGAAAGAUAUGGGAUAUGAGGACACCAACAUCUCUGCUAUGCUUAUAGUUAGGUGCUUACCGGGAUAUCCUUACAAAUGCCCCAAGCUUCAGAUUACUCCAGAGCAAGGCUUGACAACAGCUGAUGCUGAGAAGCUUCUAUCUCUUCUCCAGGACCAGGCGAAUUCCAAUGCUCGUGAAGGUCGGGUUAUGAUAUUCAACUUGGUGGAGGCUGCUCAAGAGUUUUUAUCAGAAAUAAUUCCGGACAGCCAUGAUGAGGAAUCUGUUCCAUGCUUGACUGCACAUCAGAGCGCUCAGUUCAUUGAAGAAGCUAUGCCUUCAAAUAAAGCAAAACCCUCUUCUGUUGGACCUUUCGUGUAUGGUUUUAUAGACCUUUUUAGUGGACUGGAAGAUUCGAGGAAUUGGAGUCUGAAUCUAGACGAAAAUAGGGGAAUCGUAUCUACAGUCCAAUCUCACCCACUAGAUACUUCAAAAAUUUUGCAUGAGAAGCCGGACAAGACUCUGAAGCGAUCUGAAAGCCACGCUAAAGAAGAAGUUGCAUUGCCUUCUCCCACUGCCAAAGUAAAUGCUCUUCAAGGAGAUCAUGUUGAUGGUACAAGCAUCUCUUCCUUCGACUCAAGUAACUCUACUGAAGAUGUGGAAUCUGGAUUUUUCCAAAGCGAGAAGAAGCAAGAAUCAAAUCUACAUGAUGACACAAGUGAAGACGACAACAAUCAUUCCGAAAGUGAGUCGUCAUGGUCUUCUGGUUCCUUAGCUCAAGAUCAACUGCCCCAGAUUAGCAAGCAAGAUCUACUAAUGGUCCAUUUACUUCGAGUUGCUUGCUCUUCCAAAGGGCAUUUGGCUGAUGCAUUGCCGCGGAUAACCGAUGAACUUUAUCAGCUUGGUAUAUUGUCUGAAGGGGUGUUAGAUUUAGCUUCCAAAUCUUCUCCAGACUUCAAUAGAACUUUUGAAGACGUAUUCAACCAAAACAUGGCCUCAACCAAAGUUCCUCAGUUUUGGGAGCCACCUUCUGAUUUCGGCGAGCCAAACGAGUCACUCCCAAGCUCGCGGUACCUCAGUGAUUUUGAAGAGUUGAAACCCCUUGGCCAAGGUGGAUUUGGUCACGUUGUUUUGUGCAAAAAUAAACUGGAUGGAAGACAAUAUGCAGUGAAGAAAAUUCGACUGAAGGACAAAGAAAUACCUGUCAACAACCGAAUAGUUAGAGAAGUAGCUACACUUUCCCGCUUGCAGCAUCAACAUGUUGUACGUUACUAUCAGGCCUGGUUCGAAACAGGAGUUACUGAUCCUUAUGCUGGCGCAAAUUGGGGAUCAAAAACUGCAGGGAGUUCAAUGUUCAGCUACUCGGGCGCGGUGUCAACUGAAAUUCCUGAGCAGGACAGUAAACUUGAGUCUACUUAUCUAUAUAUUCAAAUGGAGUACUGUCCCAGGACUCUCCGCCAGGUUUUUGAAUCAUACAAUCACUUCGACAAAGAUUUUGCAUUGCAUUUAAUUCGCCAAAUUGUGGAAGGAUUAGCUCACAUCCAUGGACAAGGAAUAAUUCACAGGGAUUUUACACCUAACAAUAUUUUCUUUGACGCCCGGAAUGAUGUCAAAAUUGGUGAUUUUGGCCUUGCAAAGUUCUUGAAGCUGGAACAGUUGGAUCAAGAUGGGGGUUUCUCUAUGGAUGUGGCUGGAAGCGGAGUUGAUAGUACUGGUCAAGCCGGUACUUACUUUUACACAGCACCUGAAAUUGAGCAAGGUUGGCCCAAGAUUGAUGAAAAGGCUGACAUGUAUAGCUUAGGGGUUGUAUUCUUCGAACUUUGGCACCCUUUUGGAACCGCUAUGGAGAGACACGUCAUUUUAAGUAAUCUGAAGCUGAAAGGGGAAUUGCCUCUCGAAUGGGUAAAUGAAUUUCCCGAACAGGCUUCUCUACUGCAGCGUCUGAUGUCUUCAAGUCCGUCUGAUCGCCCCUCUGCCACUGAACUUCUUCAGCACGCAUUUCCUCCCAGAAUGGAAUCUGAGUUAUUGGAUAAUAUUCUAAGAAUAAUGCAAAGUUCUGAAGAUUCAAGUGUAUAUGAUAGAGUAGUGAAUGUGAUAUUUGAUGAAGAAGUAUUAGAGACGAAAACCCAUCAGUCUGGUAAAUCGAGAGUCUGCGCAGAUGAUAGUUAUGUUCAAUACACAGAGAUGGAUACGGAGCUUCGCGAUUAUGUUGUUGAAAUCACAAAGGAAGUCUUUAGGCAGCACUGUGCGAAGCAUCUAGAGGUCAUCCCGAUGCGUUUGCUUGCCGAUUGUCCCCAGUUUAGCAGGAAAACUGUAAAACUUUUGACCAAUGGAGGAGAUAUGCUUGAACUAUGUUAUGAGCUACGUCUGCCUUUUGUACAUUGGAUCAGCGUUAAUCAGAAAUCCUCAUUCAAACGUUAUGAGAUAUCUCAUGUCUACAGGAGAGCAAUUGGCCACUCUCCACCGAAUCUGUGUCUUCAGGCGGACUUCGACAUCGUUGGAGGUACAACAUCCCUGACAGAGGCAGAAGUUCUCAAGGUAGUAGUGGACAUCACGACCCACAUCUUUCACCGCGGAUCUUGUGACAUUCAUUUGAAUCAUGGAGAUUUGCUGGAUGCGAUUUGGUCCUGGGCAGGAAUUAAGGCAGAGCAUAGGAGAAAGGUUGCAGAGCUUCUUUCCAUGAUGGGAUCCUUGCGUCCUCAGUCAUCUGAGCGGAAGCUAAAAUGGGUUUUCAUAAGGCGUCAACUUCUUCAGGAGUUGAAGUUACCUGAAGCUGUUGUCAAUAGGCUGCAGACUGUGGCUUCAAGGUUUUGUGGAGCUGCAGAUCAAGCACUUCCUCGUUUAAGGGGGGCUCUUCGUGCUGAUCGACCUACACGCAAGGCACUUGAUGAGUUGUCAAACCUCUUAACCUACUUGAGAGUCUGGAGAAUAGAAGAGCAUGUUCACAUUGAUCCUCUGAUGCCACCUACGGAAAGUUAUCACCGGAAUUUGUUUUUUCAGGUUUUCUUAACCAAAGAAAAUAGCACUGGGACAUCUAAUGAUGGCGUUUUACUUGCUGUUGGUGGUCGUUAUGAUUAUUUGGUUCAUCAAGUGUGUGAUCGUGAAUAUAAAAUGAAUCUCCCUGGUGCUGUUGGCGUCAGUCUUGCAUUGGAGACAAUAUUUCAGCAUCUUCCUAUGGAUCUAAGGCCUAUUAGAAAUGAAGUCAACACCAGUGUACUUGUUUGUUCAAGAGGAGGUGGCGGUUUACUGGUGCAGCGCAUGGAGCUAGUUGCGGAACUAUGGGAAAGAAGUAUAAAGGCUGAGUUUGUUCCAACACCUGAUCCAAGUCUUACAGAGCAGUAUGAAUAUGCAAACGAACAUGAAAUCAAGUGUCUAGUGAUUAUCACAGAGUCUGGGGUGACUCAAAAUCAAAUAGAGUUUGUAAAGGUUCGGCACCUUGAAUUGAAGAGGGAGAAAGUAGUACAAAGAGAGGAACUUGUGAGAUUUCUGUUGGCUGCAAUGGCUGUUCAAUUUAGAAACCCCUCUGUUUGGAGCUAAAGAAGAGUGCACAUCUUCUUUCCACGUUUACGUGCAUCGUACGUCAAUAUAUAAUAUAUGCACAUAUUGAUUGGUGUCGGCUGGUUAUGUUCGUUUACGUACACGAGCCCAACAACCUCUCUUCAAUUCGGUACUACUCAAACUUUGGUCAUUAUGAAGAUUUGCUGGAUGCGAUUUGGUCCUUAAUGCAAAGGUUUUUGUCAGUUCAAAUAUAUGGGUCAUUGUAUCAUAAACUGGUGUUCACUGUGAAAUUGUUAAACAGUACGAAUAUUGACAGGUUGAUACUUGAUAAUGUCACAAAUUUGUUCAUGAUGAUUUUAGAAAAUAUAUAAAAAGGUUAAUGGUCUAUAAUGUCUUCAUAGGAUUUAGAGGAACAAAAGCCCGUAUAGCUCAGUGGUAGAGCGUCAGUCUUGUAAACUGAAGGUCCGUAG